ACAUCGUAUCCUCAUUUUCUCCUGGGUCCCGACAUGGAUCCAUCCCCGGUCCGUGAACCAAGUGUGUAGCCAUCGGGGGAAAGAGCUGAUCAUAUUUUAAGGUAAGGACGACAAACCAAGACUGUAGGCUACCCAGCAAUCCGGGUUUAGCCCAGGUUGGAGAGGAUGCGCGCAAUAUCUGAGUUUAACUCAGCCGAUUGCAUCCACACGGAGGUGAGACACCGAGGAACAGUUUUGAAGAGUUUUUAAACUCCGCGGAUAACUCUCAGAGGCUGUCCCGAAAUGAGGCUGUGCAAACGGGGAGCGAUGAUGCUGAUGACCACGGCGGGGGCUUUCUGCGCCUUCAGCCUCAUGACCAUCGCCGUCGGGACGGACUACUGGUUGUACUCCCGCGGGAUGUGCCGGUCCAAGAGCCUGAGCGACAACGAGACCAUCCGCAAGAACGAGGAGGUCCUGACCCACUCCGGCCUGUGGAGGACCUGCUGCACAGAGGGAACAUUCCGUGGUGUGUGUAAAGACAUCGAUCAUUUUCCUGAGGAUGCUGACUAUGAGCAGGAUGCUGCAGAGUAUUUACUACGAGCAGUGCGUGCAUCCAGUCUUUUCCCCAUCCUCAGCGUGGGCUUAUUGUUUCUAGGAGGUGUGUGUGUCGCUGCCAGUGAGUUCUACAAGUCACGAUACAAUGUCAUUCUCAGCGCGGGUAUACUCUUUGUCUCAGCAGGUCUCAGUAACAUCAUUGGCAUCAUCGUGUACAUAUCGGCAAACUCGGGUGACCCCAGCCAGACCGACAACAAGAAGAGCUACUCCUACGGCUGGUCCUUCUAUUUCGGAGCUCUGUCUUUCGUGCUGGCUGAGAUGGUCGGCGUGCUGGCGGUGCAUGUGUUCAUAGAAAAGCACAGGCAGCUGCGCACCCACGGCCGGCCCUCGCUCGUGAAGCCGCCCGUCUCCCGUGGCUCAUCCUACUACCGCAACCGCUACUACCAGAACCGAGGCCGUCGAUACAGCUACAGGAGCAACCACAGUGGCGGUGACUCGACCGCACACUCCUUUAGAGCUGCUUCGCUGCCAGACCGUGAGCCGCUCGCCUGUGCCAACUCCAAGCUCACCGCCAUGCCAAGUCUGCCAACAUCCAUGUCAGUGGGCCCGGAGUUUAUGCUGUACACCUUGGCCUCGCCUCUCAAGGACGGUAAGAUCAACAUGGCCGUGAACAACAUAAGUCCUGCAGCGGCUCACAACCACACAGACAUGUUGCCAGGUAACUGUGCCGCCAACAGAAGGACCACACCUGUCUGAGGGGAGAGGAGCGACAGGAGGGAGGCGAGGUGGUGAGAACAUGCACCAGCAAGAACUUCAGAGGGAGGAGCAGUGGGGAGAACAUGCAAUAAGAGGACAUCCUCUCCCAUUUCUGGGCUGAGGAAGUAGGACAAUCUUUUUGAGACUGAAUCCAAGCGCCUCUAUGAUUUACUAUUAGCAUGGUUUCUGAAAAAGAAAAGAGGUGAAUAAUAUGACAUCUUUUGAGACUGGAGAUUUGUUUCCUCUUUGUAAGCUGUGUCAAUCUGCUAUGCUAUUAAAGUAGCGAUAUCUAUAUAUCUGUAGUGGGUGUGCAUGGGUCUCUGUGUGUGUGUGUGUGUGUGUUUGCAUGAGAGAGAGAGAGAUAGACAGGCAAAGAGAGACACUAAGAGAUACUUGCCAUUGAAAACAGAAAGUCAUCACA